AUGGAGAAGUACAGUGCUUUUCGUGAUCGAGGUGAGUCGUGCCAUGCCACAAUCUUUCGACACGUGCUGAUCAUGUGGCANGGCUCGGGCAUUGCGCCCUUCUUUCCCAUUCCCACUCAGCCCGCGGGAUAUGCCCUUCCAUUUCACGUCUUUCUCUUCGUUGUGCGCAUCUUCUUCUUGAUCCCUGUCGCCAUUACCUACUUCUUGCUCCUCUCAUGGCUUCCCAUUGGUUCUCUCGGCAAGAAGGCUGUACUCUGGUGUAUGCUGGGUGUUCCUGGCAUCUGGUGGAUAGAUUUGGGUGUUGAUGGCGUGAAGAAGNNGGGUAACUCUCUUGGCCAGAACCAACACAAGCUCCCUCAGCCUGGCUCUGUCAUUGCUUCGUCUUACACGUCCCCGAUCGACGCUCUUUACCUGGCUGCCAUCUUUGAUCCUGUCUUUACCCGCUCUUUUCCUGGAGAGCGCAACGUUCAGCGCAUCACUCUCCUCCAGGCUAUGUUGCAAGCUCUGGCGCCACCUAUUCUUUCACCACCCAAAGACGCCAAAUUAGUGCCCAUCUCUGACAUCCUGCGCGACACUCCGGACGGCUGUGUUGCUGUCUUCCCAGAGUGCACUGCUACCAAUGGCCGUGGCAUCCUACCCUUCUGCCCCAGCCUUCUCACCGUGCCCAUCAAGACCAAGAUUUUCCCUGUCAGUCUGCGCUACACUCCCGCAGAUGUCACCACCCCUGUUCCUAGCUCUUACCUUUCUUUCCUCUGGAACCUUUGCUCCAAGCCCACUCACUGCAUACGUGUUCGUAUCGCCGAGGCUACUUUCAACGAGCCUACUACUCCUGAGCCACCACGCAAAAACUCUUUCCAAACCAACCUUCUCGACGACUUGCAUUCGCGUACCAACCAGAGCGGGGGCAUGACUAACCCGGAAAAGGAGUCUCUGGACAAGAUUGCCGAGUCGCUCGCUCGUCUGGGACGUGUCAAGCGUCUAGGCCUGGGUCCAGCGGACAAGAUCGCCUUCAUCAAAGUCUGGAGCAAGAGAAGAUCAUGA